AUGAGAGGAGUUAAAAUCUUCAAUGCCAGUUAUAAUCAACUCGAAGAAAAAUUAGCACUCGUCAAGACAGAGCAUCAAAAAAAAGAUGCAGAAAUAUCGUUCAUGAACCAAUGUGCAACAAAAAUACAAAAGAUUGCAAGGGGUUAUUUAACAAGAAAGCAAUAUGAUAAUGUAAAUUUUAGAUAGGAAAUUAUCAUGUUUAAAGAAAGAGCUAUCAAGGUAUGGAUGAAUUCGCUUCAAUCCACAAGUGACUUUUGCGUUUAUAGCGUAGGAGUUAUGCCUGAGAUCAGUGCAAGGAAGAUCCAAAAAUGUGCGAGGAAAUUUUUAUUUUUACAAAAAAUCAAAAGACUGAAGAAAGUCUACGAGACGAUGCUGGAAGAAAAAUUGAAGAGAAUUUAUGGGAUAAUUGGCACUGGGCUGAUGUAUAUGAAGUCAAGAAUGAUUAUAAAUGGCUUGAAGUUCGAAAUUUAUAAAGCAGCAAGACUUAAAGAAAUAUGUGAAAAAUUGGCAUUAUUGAAAAUCAAAAAAAUAUACAGAGAAAACAAGCUUUCGUUUAAGGUAAUUAAAUAUAGAAUGAGAAAAUACAAACGAAAGCUUAAAUUUAACCAAAAAUCACCUAAUAAAUCGAGGGACCCAUCAAUCGAUGACAAAAUUGCACAGCAAAUUGUUACUGUAAUAGAAGAUCAUGAGCUUACAAAAGUCCCCAGUGUAGCUAGCUCUUUUAUAUCUACUCCUAAAGAUGGCCUUUUAGGAGAAACAAUGCUAUCUUCUCAAGGCAAUAUUGAAUUUUUUGACGAAAUCAACCAAGAAGUUGAUGAAAUUGCAGAUGAAAGCAGCGAAGAUGACUCCGUGAUUCAGCGCAGAAAGGAAAAAGAAAGAAAAGAAAAAAUAAAAAAGGGGUUCAUCUCAUAUAAAAUUCCUAAAUCCAAGCCGCAGCAAAAUUUAUUGCCUUUUCUUUACCAAAAGGAUUUAAUGGAAAGCACAAGGCCAAUAACUCAUCAUUUCAUGUCGACAAGAGCAACAGUCACAAGAAUGUCUGAGUCAGUCCCAUUAAGAUAUGUCCCUAAAAAGGAGCCGCCUUUAAAGCUGCCAAAAACAUUGGAAACACGAUAUUCAUCCCCUAAAAAUGCAAAAAGAAGCGAUAGCAGGUCUAAAUCGCCGAGCUAUUUAAGAGCUACAAUGUCUUAUAAUUUAAGCAGAUGGGAUGCUGAUAUGAUAUACCCAAAAACUGAGGCAGAAGUUCAUAAGAAAACUGCAAGUGGCGACAAUAAAAUUAACAGUCCAACCUUUACACACACCCAAAAGACACAGCAGCCUUAUAAGCCUCAGCAUUUUGACAACAGGCCUGUAUGAAGACCAAGCACUCACGAUAACAGAAAACACUAUGUUGUUUUACCUUUAUCUCAAACUUUUAACAAGCCCAAGAAAAUUCAUCGACCAGCCACAAAUGAGGCUCCUAUUGUGAAUAGAACUCAAUCUGCCUUGAAUUCUAUUUCAGAAGAUGUUCCUAGUGGCCAAAAUCCUGGCUCCUUAUCUUUUCAAGCAGCACUGCCUGAGUUCACUCAGAUUUUGAAUCAUUAUUCAUCUCCUUUUUAUGUGAGACUGAAACCUCAGACCUAUAAAGUGAAAGGUUUUACUAAACAGUAA